AUGCCCAAUCAAUGUCAGAGAACCGAAACGAUGCACAAUCUCGACAUGAAGUACCAACAGGCCAUCCACGAGUGUGAUCUCGUGGUUAGGACCGAAGAAGCAAGGCGGUUAAAGGUGCGCAGCAUGGUGCUCCGCGACGAGACCUCUGGAGCCAAGGAUCAGCUUGCGCAAAAAGAUUUGCGUGUCAAGGAGCUUGUCGAGCAAAUUGAGGACGUCCGCAGCCAGCUGGACAGCGCGCAUGAGAAGUCCCGCAGGCAGGAUAACCUUAUGCAGUCUCAGGCUCGUGAGAUUACCAACCUGAAGGAGGAACUAUCCGCCUUCAACGCUGUAUCUCAAGAUUCAGCCAAGGUCUUGUCCGAAAAGCUCGCCCUCUCUCGGGAAGUUGCCGUCCUCAAGCCCGAAUUAGAACACCUGCGAUCUCAACUCGCGCACCAGAAGGACGUGCUCGCCGAGAAGCUGGCUCUAGAACGCCAACUUAAUACGUUGGAAGUCGAGCUAGCCAACGAGAAGCGAGCUGCGGAGAAGGCAGCACAAAAGCAGGACGGCGACAAUGAAGUCGAGGAAGAGCUCCGGAAACAAGUGCGCGAGCUGGAAAAGGAACUGGCUAAGGGAAAGCGGCUUGCUGAAAGAAACAACAAGGCUGAGGCUGAGCUGCAAGGGCUCCGGGAGAAGCUGGCUACGGUGGAAGAGAGCCUUGCUACUGAAAAGCGCAGGGCGGACCAGCUAGCCAAGGCCAAGUCCAGCACAACAUCAGACAUGCAGGAAGAGCAAGCUUCUGCUGAGGAGCUAACACAACUCCGGGAGGAACUUGCCGAGGCUGUUGCAAAAUUGGCAGAGCAGGCCAAGGUGCAGGAGAAGCUCCGACGAGAGAGCGAGCAGGCCCGAAUCGAUGCGGAAGAACGGCAGCAAGCUGCAUUUGACAAGGUGGACAGGUUACGCAGCAAGCUGCGCGAUGCACAAGAAGAGCUCAAGAAGUGCCGCGCUGAGCUGGAGAAGGUACAAGAGCGGGCGGUGAAGGUUCCCACGGUCGCGACAACCACAGUACCGCUUAAGGGCGCCGGUGCUAAGGCGAAUGCAAAAAAGAAGCGCCCAGCAGAGGAGAUGAGCAUGGACGACAAGGUCCUCCUCACCCCUGGCAUGGACGACCGGCCGAAACGCCCUCUUAAGAAGAGGGGCUUCGACCUGUCCAUGGUCGGCGGAAAAUCCGAGUUCUCCAUCACGCCCUUCCUCAACAAGACGCACAACCCGGACGGGUCCCCGAAACCCGCAGGCGAAGAAGCCACACCAACACCAGCGGUCCAAUUCCGCGGCGCCGAGGAAACCGCUCCCGUUGAGCCGGCGCCCGAAGAGCCAGCUCCCGAAGCGACAGCAGCAGUCGAGUCCUCGGCUGUCAAACCCGCCUCCGCCAUUAAACUCGUCGAGAAGCGGCCCCGCGGCAGGCCUCGCACAAAACCCCUCAACGACGCCUCGCCCUCCAAGAAGAACCUGACGGCUCGGAACCGCAAGGCUCCGCGCGUCGAGUCAACGCUAGACAAGGUUACCGAAGAAGCAGAGGAGGGUGACAGUAGCACCAACCAGGAUCAGGAAAACCGCCCCGCCAACAACGCCGACGCCGAGCCAGCAGUCAAAUCCACAACUGACGCCGCCAUCGAGCUCCCGGAGAAGGUGGAGCCCAAGAAGAAGAAGCGCAAGUUGCUCGGGGCAAACCCCUCGACGCUAUUCGAUGAGGCCGAGGAUGAGGGUGAGAAGGUCAAGCCAACCGCUACCGCUGCUCCUGCUGGGAAACGGCCGCCUAUUGCCAAGGCCGGCGGUGCCAAAGCUAUGGGGAAGGGCCCCAGUGCUGCGAGGUUUGGAGCGGGUGUCAAGAAUGCCUUUGGCGGGGCAUCGCACAAUGGGCUGGGCAUAUUUUGGCGUUCACCUUUAAUUCACACUCCUCAUACCUCCUCCCAACUCAUACCCCGGCGCCACAACCUCGAAUCUUCAGGCCAAACCCCAACCCCUGCACCCAAACCCGCCCCUCCUCAUCCAGCUCUUCCCAAUGGAAAACUCCGCCAGAGCGGCGACCCCUACGCCCGCGCCCGGCACGUGAAGGGGCUCAAGUCGCGCGCGGCUUUCAAGCUGAUCGAGCUCGACGCCAAGUACUCCUUCUUCCGCCGCGGCCAGGGCCAGGUCGUGGUCGACCUCGGCUACGCGCCCGGCAGCUGGUCGCAGGUCGCCGUCGACUACACCGCCCCCAACGGCACCGUGCUCGGCAUCGACAUCAUCCCCGCCCAGCCACCCAGGGGGGUCAGCACCAUCCAGGGGAAUUUUUUGAGUCCUGGUGUGCAGCGCAUGGUGAAGCAGGUGCUGGUGGAGGGGGAUAAGAAGAGGAGGGCGGAGAGAGCGGCGAGGAGGCGGGGGAGGGGGGGGACGGUGGAUGGGGAGACGGAGGAGGAGGGCGGCGAUGAGAUCGCUGAUCGGCCGAGUUAUAUCGAUUUGGAGCGCAUGGCGGCGCGGGAGGAUGAUGCGGAGAUUGGCAGCCCGGUUGAGCCUUCAUCGUCAUCGUCAUCACCUUCAACAUCACCGUCGCCGUCGCCAGACGAGAGCACCCAACCCAAAGAGGAGGCGGAAGAAAAGCCGAACCUGCGGUUGGUAGACGACCUCUGCCACGCCGCCCUCACAUUUGCGUCCGAGACGCUCAAGCCCGGCGGGUCCUUCGUGUGCAAGUUCUACCAGGGAGCCGAGGACAAGGCGUUCGAGAACCUGCUGAGACAGAUGUUCAGGAGGGUACAUCGGGAGAAGCCCGAUGCGUCACGCAAGGAAUCGAGAGAAGCGUUUUUUGUGGCGCGCGAUAGGAUAGGAGAGGUGGCGCUGGAGGAUAUCGAGGGGCAAUAG